CAAAAGCUGAGUCUUAUUUUUGAUCAAAAUGGUAACUGAAGUGGUAUUUUUAUUGCUAUUUGUUGCAAGUGAUUCAUUGGCCCAACAAGUGACCACUCCUGACGGACCAAUCAGGGGCACCACAGAAGAAACAUUCGAAGGUAAAAGUUACUACGCCUACUACAGCAUUCCCUAUGCCAAGCCACCAAUUGGAUCCAGAAGGUUCCUGGUAUCAGAACCCAUCGAUCCCUGGACGAUAGUGCACGAUGGUAGCCAGGAAAAACAAGUUUGGUGCUAUCAGCUCUACCAAGACAGCGACCUGGAAAAUGAGGAUUGUUUACUGUUGAAUGUAUUUACACCACAAAACCCAAACGUCACAAGUCAAAACUACCCGGUAAUGAUCAAUAUUCACGGUGGCGGUUACAUAUCCGGCUCCGGAUUGGUUACAAGCGGCGGCUACCCGAAAUAUCUAGUCCAACAAGACGUCAUCUUUGUCUCGUUCAAUUACAGGUUAGGUGUAUUUGGAUUCUUAUCCACUAAUGACAGUGUAAUUCCUGGCAACGCUGGCCUAAGCGACCAAAUCCUAGCCUUAAAAUGGAUCCAGAAAAACAUUGCCUCAUUUGGAGGUGACCCCAAUAAAGUCACGAUUUUGGGCCAAUCGGCUGGUGGCUCAUCAGUUGGCUACCUAAUCCAGAGUCCUCAGGCUUCUGGUCUUUUUUCCGCUGCCAUAAUGGAAUCUGGCAACGCUUUAGUACCAUGGGGCUAUCAGAGGCAUGCUAAAGAGUACUCAUUCAAAACUGGUAGCUUUGUUGAUUCUCAUUUUGAUUCGAAUUCUGAUUCGCAAGCUUUGUUGAAUUUGUUGCAAAGCGUUGACGCUAAAAAAAUUGAUGUAGCUGCACUUAAUUUCGCUAAUUGGGUUUCGAGCCAACCAGAUGCUAUAGGCAAUGUCCAAAUACGGCAAGGAUUUUACUUCGCUCCAGUUGUGGAUGCUGCCAGUGUGAACCCAAUAGUACCCGAGAACCAAUACGGCGCCAUCAGGGAUGGCCGCAUCAAUAAAGUACCGAUACUUUUGGGGAUUUGUUCUGAGGAAGGACUUAUGAGUGUUGAUCAGUAUUUGGACUACUAUUUGCAAGGCUACGAUCGCAAUUCUAGUUGGUUGGUGCCUCAAAACAUGCACAUCGAGGACAAAAACUUGUGGAGUGAAGUUGGAGGUUUUAUCAAGCAAGAGUACUUGUCCAAUUCCAGUUUUAUGGACAACAAGCUGGAAGCUAUCAAGUUUUUUACCGAGCAGGACUUUGCCAAGUCUAUGACUAAAAAUGCUGAGUUGCAAAGUCAGCAUACUGACGUGUAUUUCUAUGAGUUUUCUUAUACUGGCAGCAUGACUGGCGAUCACCCUACGUAUCCAGGUUCUGGAAACGUCUCUCACGUUGGAGAGUAUGGCUACAUUUUCAACUGGGCUCCGCCUUCUCAUUAUCCAGAAAAUGAUCAGCUUGUUUCUAGAAGGAUGAUAAGACUUUGGACUAAUUUUGCUAAAUAUCAUACUCCAACUCCAACUGCAGACGAUCUUCUACAGAAUCUUUCCUGGCCCAAAGUCCAAGUUGGUAGUUUCAAUUACGUCAAUAUUGGGGAUUAUGAUAAUACGGACUUUGUUGUUGUACAAGGGACGAAGCCCAAGGCAGCUAGGAUGGCUUUUUGGGAUAGUCUUUAUGAAAAAUAUGCUGUGGAGCCUUUGGAUACUUAUUAAUCGUAUAAAUGGGGUAUUUAAUGAUUUUUAAUUGUUCAUUCAAGAAUAAACAGCUUCUAAUUAACAUCAUAAAUCUGUUUCAACUUUUUUUUCUUCUGGAUAUAAGUGGCCAGGUACCUACAUAA